AAAUAAAUUGAAGCAAAACGAAAAGGGAAAACGUUUCGUUUUAAACUUGACAAAGAAACGUUUACGCCCCCGAGCUCAAAGGAGAUCUCUCUCUCGUUGUGCAGUUGGACAAUUUCCAAAAUCAUUUCUUCGUCUUCAAACAUCAAUGCCGAAAUAGUCCGUAAGUGGAAGCAUUCAUCUCCAUUCAUGUGAAAACGAGCCCCAUCAGCCACCUCACUUCUCUCAUGUGUGAUCUUAACUUCUUCAAAUCUUCCUGAACCCAGGAGAUCUCAACCAUCCUUGAAGUAAAACUGAAUGGUACAAUUUGGCCAGGUUUUUGCACCUUGCAUUUGUGGCUGCAUGGUUACGGUUUAAUAUAAACAGACUGAAGCAAAUAUGGGGCAUCUGAAUUUGGAGUCUGGAGCCAAUUCAUUUCACAGAGAAUUCAAUGACUGUCCUGUUAAAGCUACCAAAGGUGCUUUAGCAUGCAUGGUUAAUUCUGAAAUUGGAGCAGUUCUUGCUGUGAUGAGGAGAAAUGUAAGGUGGGGCGUUCGCUAUGCGGCAGAUGAUGAUCAACUGGAGCACUCUCUGAUUCAUUCUUUGAAAGAAUUACGGAAACAGAUUUUUUCAUGGCAACAUAAGUGGCAUAAUAUUGACCCAGCCAUCUAUCUCCAGCCAUUUUUGGAUGUAAUCCAAUCUGAUGAAACUGGGGCACCAAUCACAGGAGUUGCUUUGUCUUCUGUAUAUAAAAUAUUAACUCUUGAUGUGCUAGAUGUUGAUACAGUGAAUGUGGCUGAGGCUAUGCAUCUGAUUGUUCAUGCUGUGACUACCUGUCGAUUUGAGGUGACUGAUCCGGCAUCUGAAGAAGUGGUGCUGAUGAAAAUUCUUCAGGUUCUUUUGGCAUGCAUGAAAAGUAAAGCAUCAGUCAAGUUGAGCAAUCAACAUGUAUGCAAUAUAGUAAAUACAUGUUUUCGCGUUGUUCAUCAAGCAAGUUCCAAAGGAGAAUUGUUGCAGAGGAUUGCACGCCACACAAUGCAUGAAUUAGUUAGAUGUAUUUUUUCUCACCUGCAUGAGAUGGACAAGUAUGAAGACACAUUGGUUAAUAGAAGCUCCUCUGUUUUCAGAGAGGUUGAUGCAAUGGACAAGGAUAACACUUUGGGAAGUAAACAGCUAGAAAAUGGAAAUGUUGGGGUUGAAAGUGAUGGUCAACCAUCAAUUGUGGAUACACCAGAUAAUCACAUGGGUAAGUUAGAGAGUGGGAAGGAUGAUAACAAAAUAGAUGUUAGCAAUGGGAUGGAGGCUGCUGACAAUGGUGAAAAACUUAUGAUGGAGCCUUUUGGAGUCCCUUGCUUGGUGGAAAUAUUUCACUUUCUCUGUUCUCUUUUGAAUGUUAUUGAGCACAUUGAAGUUGGUCCUAGAUCAAAUCCUAUAGCAUAUGAUGAAGAUGUUCCACUAUUUGCUUUGGGUUUAAUUAAUUCGGCUAUUGAAUUGGGUGGUCCUUCAUUCAGCAAACACCCUUCAUUGCUUUCUUUAAUUCAGGGCGAGUUGUUCCGUAAUUUAAUGCAGUUUGGUUUGUCAAUGAGUCCACUAAUUCUUUCCACAGUAUGUAGCAUUGUUCUUAAUCUGUAUCAUCAUUUGCGUACUGAGCUGAAAGUACAGUUUGAAGCUUUCUUUUCCUGUGUACUUUUGAGGAUAGCACAAAGCAAGCAUGGAUCUUCAUACCAACUGCAGGAGGUUGCCAUGGAGGCUUUGGUUGACCUCUGCAGACAACAGACUUUCAUGGCUGAAAUGUAUGCUAAUUUUGAUUGUGACAUAACCUGCAGUAAUGUGUUUGAAGACCUUGCUAACCUGUUAUCAAAAAGUGCAUUUCCAGUGAAUGGACCUUUGUCUGCGAUGCAUAUUGUUGCAUUGGAUGGUCUGGUAUCCAUGAUUAAGGGUAUGGCUGAUAGGAUAGGCAGUGAAUUGUCACUUUCAGAAGAGGCCUCAGUAUAUCGCGAAGGAUAUAAAGCAUUCUGGACAAUGAAAUGUGAAAACUAUAGUGACCCUAAUUUUUGGAUUCCACAUGUCCGUAAGAUGAGACACAUCAAGAGAAAAUUGAUGGUUGGAGUGGAUCACUUUAACCGGGAUCCUAAGAAGGGUCUAGAAUUUCUCCAAGGAAUGCAUCUGUUGCCUGAGAAGCUUGACCCUCAGAGUGUAGCAUCUUUAUUUCGGUACACAGCUGGGUUAGAUAAGAAUCUCAUUGGAGACUUUCUGGGAAAUCAUGAUGAAUUUUGUGUUCAGGUGCUUCAAGAAUUUGCUGGAACUUUUGAUUUUCGAGGCAUGAAUCUGGAUACUGCAUUGCGACUUUUCUUGGGAACUUUCAGGUUGCCUGGAGAAUCACAGAAAAUACAGAGGGUUCUUGAAGCGUUUGCUGAGAGAUAUUAUGAAGAGUCGCCCCAGAUAUUGGCUAACAAAGAUGCUGCUCUCUUGUUAUCAUAUUCACUUAUACUGCUAAAUACAGAUCAACACAAUGUACAAGUUAAGAAAAAGAUGACUGAAGAAGAUUUCAUCCGCAACAACCGGCGUACUAAUGGAGGGAAUGAUUUUCCUCGAGAAUACCUGUCAGAACUUUACCGCUCAAUUUGCGAGAAUGAAAUCCAGAUGAUUCCUGAGCAAGGUGCUGGUUUUCCAUUGAUGACAUCUGGCUGCUGGAUUAAUGUACUGCACAAAUCCAAAAUUACUGAUCCUUUCAUCAUCUGUGAUUCUAGAGCGCUCCUUGACCAUGACAUGUUUGCUAUCCUGUCAGGUCCCACAAUUGCUGCUAUGUCGGUGGUUUUUGAUCAGACAGAACAUGAAGAGGUUUUAAAAACAUGUGUUGAUGGAUUCUUGGCGAUUGCCAAAGUUUCUUCCUCUUAUCAUUUUGAUGAUAUUUUGGAUGAUUUGAUUGUGUCUCUCUGCAAAUUCACAGCCCACUUGACACCAUUCUCUGUUGAUGAUGCUAUUUUAGCCUUUGGAGAGGACACUAAAGCAAGGAUGGCAACCACAACUGUUUUCACCAUAGUAAACAGUUAUGGUGAUUAUAUUCGCUCUGGCUGGAAUAACAUACUGGAUUGUGUUUUGAGCUUCCACAAACUUGGCCUUCUACCUGCUCGGCUCAUUAAUGAUACAGUUGAUGAUAUGGAACUCUCUUCUGAUCUGGAGAGAGCAAAGCCUGCUUCAAGCUCUUCCUUAAUAUCACGCACACCUUCUGGGACCACUCCUCGGAAGUCGUCUGGUUUAAUGGGCCGGUUCAGUCAGCUCUUAUCCUUUGAUAUGGAAGAGCCAAGGUCACUGCCAACUGAGGAACAGCUUGCAGCUCAUCAGCUUACUCGUGAAACCAUACAAAGUUGCCAUAUUGAUAGCAUAUUUUCAGAGAGUAAAUUCCUCCAAGCUGAGUCUUUAUUGCAGCUUGUGAAGUCACUUAUCCUGGCUGCCAGCCGUCUUAGUAAGGGAACUGGCCCUGUGGAUGAUGAAGGCGCCUCAGUGUUCUGCUUGGAGUUGUUGAUUGCAAUUACAUUGAAUAACCGGGAUAGGAUUAUCCUUAUUUGGCAAGAAGUUUAUGAGCAUAUAUCCAAUGUCGUACAGUCAACCAUAAUGCCAUGCACGCUGGUGGAAAAGGCUGUGUUUGGGCUCCUUAGAAUAUGCCAGCGAUUGCUUCCCUAUAAGGAAAACCUGACAGAUGAGCUCCUCAAGUCACUCCAACUGAUACUGAAACUCGAUGCUCGGGUUGCUGAUGCUUAUUGUGAACAGAUCACACAAGAAGUUAUGCGUCUUGUAAAAGCAAAUGCUACUCAUAUCAGAUCUCAUGUAGGCUGGCGCACAAUCACUUCCCUCCUAUCCAUCACAGCUCGACAUCCAGAAGCAUCAGAAACUGGAUUUGAGACACUAGCAUUUAUCAUGUCUGAUGGGGCACACCUUUUACCAUCUAACUAUGUCUUUUGUGUUGAUGCUGCAAGACAGUUUGCUGAGUCUCGUUUGGGGGAUGUUGACCGGUCUGUUUCAGCCCUAGAUAUGAUGGCAGGUUCUGUUGUUUGUCUGGCAAGAUGGUCUUCUGAGGCUCAAAUUGCAGUGGGGCAGGAGGCUGCUAUGAAAUUGAGUCGAGAUAUUGGGGAGAUGUGGCUGCGGAUGGUGCAAGGACUAAGGAAAGUGUGUCUGGACCAUAGAGAAGAGGUGAGGAACCAUGCUAUUGUGAUGUUGCAGAGGUCACUGGUUGGAGUGGACAUGAUUCACCUUCCUAUUGCCCUCUGGUUCCAAUGUUUUGAUCUGGUGAUCUUUACAUUGCUCGAUGAUUUGUUGGACAUUUCACUGGAGAGCUCCCCUAAGAAUUACCGGAAAAUGGAGGAAACACUUGUCCUAGCCAUGAAACUAAUGGCAAAAGCAUUCUUGCAGCAACUGCAGGAUCUGUCACAGCAGCCAUCCUUUUGUAGACUAUGGUUAGGAGUUCUUAAUCGUAUGGAGAGAUACAUGAAGGUAAAAUUCCGAGGAAAGCGCAGUGAGAAGAUACAUGAAUUAGUUCCUGAGCUUCUCAAGAACAUAUUGCUGGUGAUGAAGACAACAGGAGUUCUUAAGCCAAGUGAUGAUAUUGGUGGGGAUAGCUUUUGGCAAUUGACAUGGUUACACGUGAAAAAUAUAUGUCCACCUCUGCAAUCAGAAGUAUUCCAGGAUCAUGAAUUAGAGCAAAUGCAAGCAAAAAACAUGAAAUCAGGGGUUCCCGCACCUGAUGAGACUCUGACUGUUCCAUCUAGUGAGAGAACAGUGUGAAGCUAAUUUGAGGAUAGAGUUGCAGAUUAUACUGUGAUUUUUUUUUUUUCAAAAUGUAGUGCCUCGAUAAUGUGCCUGCCUGGAAUCGGCUGCUUCAGUUGGGACGGAGUUGGCUAUCCAUAUUAAGAAUUGAGAAGCUUCAGAAUUUCACUCAACUGAAGAUUUGUGGAGGUACAAAAUUAAGUUGGAAGCACGUCAGAUCUUAAUUCAACAGUGUUGGGGCAUCUAAGUUUUUGGCGGAAUUGCUAAUUGAUUUUUGCACUCCAUAAACCCACAGGAGUGGUUCUGUUGUAGAGUGCAUGGUUCCCUUUUGCUUUUACCAGAGGAACUGAAUAGAUCCCUGCAUAAAUUGUGUAGUUUGUGCUUGCUUAUUGAUCACUGUACCUAAAAUUUCCAAAUUUCACCAUUAUGAAUCUCUGUAUACUUUGUCAUAUAAUAUAUAUUAUUCGUCUAUCACAUUACAAUGCU